CUGCGACUGACUGGCCACCGGUUCAGGGUGUAGUCAGCCUUUUGCCCCAAGUCAGCUGGGUUAGGCUACAGCGCCCUGUGCUCCUGAACCGGGUAAGCGGUGUUGAGAAUGGAUGGACAGAUGGAUGGCCAAAUCUGACUGGCAAAAAAACAUUGGGUUGCUAAAAAACGACAACCCUGAGCAGGAGGUAAUUUUCCUACACUGCAUAACUGCACACCAGGAAGCACUGUGUAAAUUUGUACUGCAGCUUGAGCAUGUAGUAAAGCCAGUUAUAAAAGUCCUUAACUUUAUUUGUGCGAGGGCAUUUCGGCAUCGUCAGUUUAUUAAGUUCCUCGAAGAAACUGAUGCUGGUCACCAGGACUUGCUUUACCGCUCAAAUGUCCGCUGGGGAAAGUGUGCCAUCGAGUGUGGGAGCUCAAACAGGAUCUCUUUUUUUUGGGGGGGGCACUACUGGAGAAAACUGACCAAUUUUCCUGCGCUGAUUGGCUUUGUGAUUUAGCUUUUGCUGCGGACAUACUGACACACGUGAAUGAGCUGAACGUGACGCGACAAGGGAAAGACCAGUUUGUGCAUGAAAUGUAGACAAACAUCAGAGCCUUCAAAACCAAGCUGGCUUUAUUCUCAAAGCAAAUGGCAAACCAAGUUGGUUGUUCAUUUGCCCACACUGGCUUCGCCGAAAGAGGCUCCUCGACGUGAAAAAAAAACAGGGAAUCACUAGACGACCUGCAUGGAGAAUUCUGCCAUCGGUUCUCUGAUUUUGGAAAAAUGCACUCGUCAUUUCAGCUGGUGUCAUGUCCCAUCACACAAGACCCUGAAAAAGCGCCACGGGAGCUGCAGAUGGAACAGAUUGAUCUCCAAUGUGAUACUAUCUUAAAAGAGAACUGGAUGAGUUUUUUUGCUUCCUUAAGCGCGUAGAAAUUUCCAAUGUGUUCUGAGAAUUGCCACAACAAAACGAACACCAGACUUUGAUUCACUGGCAAAAAAAAGGUGAUCAACAAUACAACACUGUUCCCAUUAGAAGUAAAUCGAAGUAGUAACACUACAAUGCCUUUUUUUUAAUUAUUUUUGUUAAUUUUUGAUAUGAAAGCAUCUGGUCCUGGCUUGGCCCGCCUGUCAAAUUUUAAGUCAAUGUGGCCCCUGCGCCCAAAAGUUUGCCCACCCCUGGUAUAUACUAUAGCUUAUGUCGCUUUUUAUAUUGUUAUUAUUUGUUGUCUUUUGUAGCACACUACGGGCCCUUGAGUACCGUCAUUUCAAUCCUCUGUAUGUUUUACGCAUAUUGAAGAAUUGACAAAGUACCUUGUAAAGUCACACCAGAGCAAUGCAUGUGACUAGUUUCUCCACACAGACGGCUUCUUGAAACUGUCAUUGCAAACAAAGCCUUUUGUACAAUUAAAUAAAUUAGGUUGUGUGUAAUAAUGCAAAAUGACACCGGGUAAAAGUAUUGACCACGCCAACUGGUAUUUAUUUAAUACUUUGUACAAAAGCCUUUGUUUGCAAUGACAGGUUCAAGACUCCUCCUGUAUGGAGAAACUCUUCGCAUGCAUUGCUCGAGUGUGAUUUUGGGCAGUCUUCAAAUCUUGAAGGUUCCGUGGGCUUCUUAAUGGACCUUGAGUUUCAGUUCUUCCCAUAGAUGUUUGAUUGGAUUCAAGUCAGGUGAUUGGCUGGGCCAUUCUCGCGGCUUUAUUUAUUUUUUUUUCUUUGAAACCAACAGUUUCCUUGGCCGCAUGUUUUGGAUCAUGGUCCUGCUGAAAUGUCCACACUCGUUUCGUUUUCAUCAUCCUCGUAGAUGGCAGCAGACUUUUGUCAAGAAUGUCUUGGUUUUGCGAAGAGCAGUGGGAUUGUCCCUAUGGAAGCCAUCUUUGAUAAAUAAAAGCAUUAUGGUGAACAGUUAAAUACUUCUGAGGAUACUGACGGUCACAACUAUGCAAUCAAUCAAGCAAGAAAUUGACUCCAGUGAACCCUGUAGUGGAGAUGAUGCCCUGCUACUGGCUGUGGCCUUACAAGGGGCUAACCGGGACCUGAUGGGUAACGUCUCUUCUAUGCCAUUCAUUGCAAAAACUGGCUGUCGCAGGAAAAGGGAGUUUAUCCCGGAGGAGAAGAAAGACACUGUUUAUUGGGAGAGACGCCGCAAAAACAAUGAGGCGGCUAAACGCUCGAGGGAGAAGCGGCGUAUAAAUGACAUUGUGCUUGAGAACAAGCUGAUGGCCCUGGGAGAGGAAAAUGCCUCCCUCAAAGCUGAACUGUUGUCGCUUAAACUAAAGUUUGGCCUUGUGAGCUCAGCAGCAUAUACCCAGGAAAUUGAGAAGUUAUCUUGCCACAAGAGUGCCCAUCUAUAUCAGCAAUUUGUCACAGCCAGUGCUGACCAAGGUUCCUCCAGCAAGGAAUCAGACCCUCAUCACCUGCGCAGUAGCUGCAUUUCAGUCAUCAAACAUUCACCAAAUAUCUCCAAGGCGUGUGCUCCAACUCAGGGUAGUUUAAGUAAGUGCAGAACUACCGAGGUUAAACGGGAACUCGCGGAGAAUGGCUGCUUUCCACAUGAGAGAAGUAGUCCCUACGAUCUCAUAAGGAACUACAUGGCCAGCCCUUUUUCAAGAGUCUCCACCCAAUCUGCUUCAUUCUUGCAGAUCACCAGGUCAUCCAGUAACUCUCCCAGAAGCUCAGAUGAUGGUGCUGUGAGCAAAUCAUCUGAUGGUGAAGAUGAGCAGCAGGUCCCCAAAGGGUUGAUGCCAUAUGUCACUGACCCAAGAAGUGUUAUUGUAUCCACACACAAAGUGCCCGAGGCUAGUUCGUCAGCUCUGCCUCAUAAACUGCGUCUCAAAGCCAAGACCGCCCAAAUCAAAGCGGAAGCCGUCGACCUGGAGUACGAAUCGUCAGGAAAGUUCUCCUCUCCUGUCAAUGGAUGCUUCCCGGCACCUUGGGACACUUCAGAGUACUCUCAGUCCUUGCUGUUCCCUUUGUCAGAACAGGUCACCACCAUGCAGGACUGGACCCAGUGUUCUGAGCAGUGGCAUAGAAGCAGCAACGAAACACUUCAGGAUAGCUGCAUGAGUAGCGGGCAAAACCAUAGCUUCUGGGACAAACCAACUGUGGAUAUAAAACAGGCAUCCUUUGCACACUCAGGCGGAGAGGACUGUCAAAGUGUCCUUUCUGAAAAAACAAAUCCCAGCACAGCAAGUGGCUGGAAUAGAGUCAAGAGAAACAUCCACUCGUCACAAUGAGGUCCCGAUUGAUAGCUUGCCCGCUCUCAUUGACCUUCCUAUUUUUUUCGCAUCUCCACUUACUUGCUAUCGCACUGUGUGGUUGAUAUAAGGCUUUGAUCAACGUUUUAGUCGUUGUACAUUUUCAAAUAAAAUAUUUUGAAAUUCUACUAUAAUGUGGUCGGCACAAAACAAACCACGCAAUGCUAACCCAAUGUGAAGGAGGGUUAUCUUUACUUUAGACAGAAAUAAAAGUAUAGUGUAUAAUUUCACAUUCCUAAUUGGACCUUCGAAGGUCAUUCUCAUCACUAAUAUGUUUUGAUUCACUCAUUAUUACUGUCUGUUUUAAUCCGUUGCUCUUAAAUACUUUUACUUAAAAUAAAAGUACAGUACUUAUGAGUAUGAAAAACCGUUCUCCAAGAAAUCCUGUUAAAAAAAGUAAGUGGGUGGACAGGGAUAAAAACGAAAAAUAAUGAAGUUGAAUUGGAUGAAUGUGAGAGAAGCAUUUGAAAAAAUUAAACUGCAUGUGUUCACACACACAAAAAAAAAAAAAACUUGAUUUGGAAGUUAAUAGUUAAUUAGAAAAACAAACGCUAUUUCCACCAGAAACAGCGUUACCAAUCAAAUUUACGUUAAUUUAAGAACGCCUCUUCAAUCUCACCUUAACACCUCUCAUCCAUUGAACUUGUAAGUCCGUGGAUAGUGUCAAUACCUGUAUCCCAUUGGACACAUUGGAGAGAUACUCCUGUCGAUCUUUUUAAGGAUGCGCCACGGUUUUUCAAUAGGGUUGAGGUCAGGGGAUGGUGGUGGCUCCAUCAUUAGUUUUCUCUCUAGACCACAUGGUGUGGUGGGUUGCCCUGCAUGAGAAUUAUAUCCUACAGCUCUUUAUUUCCCAUGGCAGGAAAUGAUCAGGUCAUUUAGACUCCUUCAGCCCCCCUGGGCCUACGAUGUUACUUCCUUUUGACCCAACUCAAACGUCACUCCGCCACCUACUUGCUAACAUCGCAACCUUGUUUGAACAUGGCAACCAUCCAGAACUGUAUUCAUCAUUCUGGACAAUCUAAAGUAUGAACGCAUUCAUCAGCAAAUAAAAUUGUUUGAAAAUUAGUCUCCAUGUAUGAGACGUAAUGAACCCAAUUUUCCUCUGGCUUUAU